AUGAGGACGUUGUCCAACGAAUUGGUACUCGACUACGUCAAACUUGAUGAGGAUUCUUGUUGGACAUGUUUGCGCUGUUUCAAGACCUAUAUUAGUAAAUAUAAUGUGCAAAGACAUCUGGCAUCGAGUUACGUCAAAUCUUCAAGACCGACGACUAGUUACGUCAAUUCUUCUACCUGUCCCGUCGCUCCCAAGCGUACGCAGUGUAUGGACAAGAGUGCAGGACAAUUACGAUCUAACAUGCCGCUUAUGGAAGAGGUACAGUCAAUGGACAGCACGUAUUGUGAAGAUGUAGAAAUGAGCUCGUUUGAAACAGACUGUGAAAUAUCUGAUCAAUCUUCUGAAGAACUAGAUAAUUCGUCUACAGACUCAGAAAUUGACAUUGAUAGUUUCUCUUCCGACAUGGACAAGCCUUUGUACGACGGCUGUCCUAUUAAUAAGUCAGAGCACUUGACUGCCGUACUUGCUUUCAUCACGCGCCAUAGCUGCAAUCAGCGAAUGACAACAGAUCUCUUACACUUAAUCAGACUACACUGCUCUACAGAAAACUCUUGUGAAAAAACCUGGAUGGUCUUUCAUCUAAGAGUCAGAAGCUGCUUGAUCUUCGAACUGAUCACACCUUGCACGACGUUUGUAGUGAGUGUGGAAUUUUGUAUCCUGAAGACUGUUCCAUCGUUUCUUGCCCAACAGCACAUUGUACAGGACUUAGGUACAAAGGCACGCUUGAAGAUCAGAUGUUUCGAAGAAGACAUUCAUUCAUUGCAACCACAUCGUUGGAAGAUGAGAUUCGCCUUGUUUUGGAAAGACCGGGUGUUUGGGACAUCAUGCUUGAUUACAAACGAGAGCAGUCUUCCAGCUCUACGAUCAAUGACAUAUGUCAUGGAAUGUGUUACAAGGAAACACACAACUCUCUCACACGCUCUGCAGUGACUCUACUCUUAAUACCGAUGGUGUACUACUGUACAAGUCCUCAU